AAAACAAGCAGCGCCAACCUUUCACUCUGUGCACCGCCCAUCGCAAACUUACAAUACCACACCACAUACAUAUAAAUAAUAUCUCUCGCUAUGGUUAGCUUCGUUCCCUUCCCAUUAUUUCAAUCAAACACUUAUCAUAUUACUAACAAAAAUGGAACUAACAUUCCCUCAUCAAGACGAAGAUGAUUCCGUUGUUUCUGAUUGCGAGAGCGGUGUUUCGGGCAGUGGAGUCGUGGUGGCACCACCACCACCACCACCACAACAACAACAACGUGGUUUUUUCGUUAGGCUUGGAGAAGGUGACGUGGUUCACGAUCUUAUCAAGACAAGGUUUAUUCGUGGCCUCGGCAUGCUCGGGCCUAAAACCGAGGUUGUCUCCGUUCGCCGAAACGCGUGCUCCGACGUCGUUUCACAGGCGCGCCUUCACUCGUUUCAUGCUCACGCCAGGGCGGUGGCGAGGCUCCGUGGCGGCGGGAAUCAUGCCAACGUGAAGUACGCCUGGUAUCGUACGAACGGCGAGGACGACGUGAACGACAUCGUUUCGCAAGGCUUCGGCUUCGCGCACGGCCCGAAACUCGUUCUCUCCCCUGACGACGCUCCUCUCCAAAGUGCGAGAGGGUGUGGGGUUGGGAAGGACGGUGUGAGGCACGCGUUACUGUGCCGCGUGAUUCUAGGGAGAUCAGAGAUUGUUCGUGAUAACACAGAACACUGCUAUCCGAGUUGUGAAGAGUAUGAUUCUGGAGUGGAUAGUUUUUCGGGGCCUACAAAGUACAUCAUUUGGAGCAAUCGCAUGAACACUCAUGUUUUGCCUGCGUAUGUUGUAAGCUUCAGAGUUUCUUCCUUCAAAGGGAUGGAGAAGAGUGAAGAAGAACCUUUGAGACCUACUUCGCCUUGGAUGCCAUUCCCAACUCUGAUUUCUGCGCUUUCCAAGGUUUUGCCUCCAUGUGAUAUUGCCCUCAUCUCCAAGUUCUACAAAGAUAAAAAAGACAAGAAGAUUUUACGACAUGAAUUGAUACAAAGAGUGAGAGAAAUAGCUGGAGAUAAGUUGCUAGUUGCGGCCAUCAAAUCUUAUAGAGACAACAAGAAGAAACCAAGCUUUCUACAAUCAAGGUCAAAGAAUGGCUUAGCAACGAGGAUAAAAUAACUUUCUUCACACGAGUUCUUUUUCUUGGGUUGACAUAAUACUAAAUACCCAAACUUACAAGGAGGACACACAAAACUGCUUUAAAAGCAGUGUGGCAUAUUUGACUAGGCCUUUUUUUAAAAAAAAUUCUAUUUUUUGAGGUCGAUGUAGCAUAGGAGAAGGAAUCUUUUUUUUUUUUCUUGUUUUCUUUUUCUCGUUGCCACUUGCCAGUGGGAAUGAUGUCCUCCGUGAAUAAGGAUAUAUACAUGUAGGCUCUCAUGGACACAUUGACCCACCCCAAUGCACUGUCCCUAAAAUUGUACAUAGUAAUUUUGUUGCUUCUUCUUUUUCUCUUGAGAUAUAUUAUUUCCUCACACA